AUGGACCCGAGCUCGAAACUCACACUCUCCCAACGCACGCGCGCCUGCCUGCACACCCGCGAUCUGCGCACCUUUUCGCUGUCACCCUGGGCCUGCAGCCGCGAGCAGCAACGUCCGAUGCACUGGCGCACUGCCUCGGCCUCCAACCCUCGCUCGCUCCGUCUCCAGUGCCUGCUGCUGCGCCCUCCUUCCGCGCCUUCUCCGAACCUGCCUUGGCAACGAACCGCCCUCUGCCUUUGCCAGCGCUCUCUGCCCUCGAGCCUCACCGACCGAGCCUCAUCCUGCACACCGCAGCCAGCAGCCAGCAGCGAGCCGCCAGCCCAAGCAGCAGCCAGCGAUAUCGAUUCCUUCCCCUCCCUAGUCAAGCUCGCCUUCGCCAUCUUCUUCUCUCCCACCCCAUCAUCCUCACCCGCCGUCCCCUUUCUCCAUCCCAUCUGA